CACACCGAGCUGACCUGACCUGAGCUACUAAUAUCCGAACCUUAGAAUACCCCGCCAGAUGCAAGACGUCGAUCCUCAACCUCGAUGUCUCUCUGCGUUAAUUGUCACUCUGACUCUAGUCAGGUUUAAGACAAGAGACAAAGCGUAGAUGUGCGCGCCAGCCAGCGCAGUGUUGAGGUGACCAGUCAAGUCCCUUGCAGGUUUUGUCUCUUGAAGCCGGGGACCGCGUCAGAUGACUUUCCCGGUCACCGCCAGUCUCCUCUCCGACCUAGGUCUACGGUGGCAUGUAUGUAUGAACAGCGGACGGACGCACAUACACCUACGUACAUACACUACUCCAUAGCUUAAUUCUCGUCCACUUUAGGUCGGGUCUGUCUCUCUCUUUCCAACCCAAGUCGAGCCUCAGCCUCCCGGCGUGUCGCUCAGUGUUUCUUAUUAAGCAGCACUUUAUUCCUGUUAGGUUGUCAUGAGCGCCGGAGUUACGCUUCCCUCAGGUAGCGAUGGACAAUCAACUACGUACACAAAUACAUAUGCGUGUGGGACGGAAGGAAGCCUCACUUUGCGUCAUAUUUCUCGUCGAGAAGGCACUCCAACGACAUCGGAUAAUGUACUCGAUGUACUCCGCACUCAGAACAAGUGUCAGCGGAGAGGGAGAAACAACGAAAUGGCCCUAGCAUGCGUUCACCCAUCCAUUCGCUCGUCUAUUCAUUCAUGCUUGCUGCUGUGAUAGCCUGCAGCAGGUGCAGCUACAUAUACCACCGAUGCCGGUGCUGCUGGCGCUGGUGCUUCAGCUGCUGCUAUUGCUUUCCACAACUUUUUGAUGUCCAGUAUUUUGCGGCUGUGUAUGUACGUGUACGUGUGUGUGAAAGUGGCAUGCAGAUCUAUCUGCACACGACAUCCCGCCGAGCGAGAGCCCACCAAGGCAAGGCAUGGAUGCCCCAUCCCCAUCCCACACGCCCCCUUUUCCCUUUCCUUCAGGCUGGUGUUGACCCCCUUGGAUGCCCCCCACCCCGGCCGCCAUUGCAUGGCUAGUCGGUUUCCUUCCUGCAAGAGCCGCCCGUGAGCUUCCCGAAAUGCGCGAAUCUCAGCCGACCCUUGACACCCUCCGCCACAGUGGCGUGGUCACGGGAGUGGUACCUCCCCCCAGCGACAAACCUACGCCCGAGGUCCACGUGUUUGCUGCUUUACUCCGGCAUGUUGGGGGGAGGAAUCCUUUCCUCGGUCAGGUAGGCAGGCAGGCAGGCAGGCAGACCAUUUCACAUCUUGUCUCACAAGAUAGCAACUUCAGCCCAGUCCAUCACUCUUAACCCCGCACGCAUUGUUGAGGU